AGUGGGUGGCGGAAAUGCGCUUACCAAGAAGCCAAAAACAUCCAAGAAGAUGAAGAGACGCGCUCCGAACUGCCCAUUCAAAACAAAAGACUUGCAGCGUUUUUGAAGCAUCACGAAUCAGUUUUAACAUAAUAAUAAUAAUAAUAAUAAUAAUAAUAAUAAUAAUAAAUAAAAAACGAUCAAAGUAAAAACAUGCAUUCAGACUAUGAGGAAGAGCAGAAACCUGUAAAGAUGGAGUUUAUUGAAGAUUACAGCGAGUACAGGACUGAUCCAGAACCAUUCAGAGUGAAACAAGAAGAUACUGAAGAACAGAGAGACCUGAUGGAAGAAAAUGGGGAGAGUGAAGAACUGAAUGAAGUGGAGGAUAAAUAUCAUGUCAAAACUGCAGAAACUUGCACACAGACUGAAAGUAAAUGUGUAGAGAGAAGAGCCAUCAAAAAUUUCAACUGCCCUCUGUGUGGAAAAAGAUUCUCAUACAAACAAAAUCUUAAAUGUCACAUGAGAACUCAUAGUAGAGAGAAGCCGCACACAUGUGAUCAGUGUGGGAGUGCUUUUGCCACAGCAGCUGUAUUGAAUCGGCACCAGAGGAUUCACACCGGAGAAAAACCUUACAAGUGUUCACAAUGUGACAAGAGAUUCAGUCAGUCACAACAUCUGAAAAGACAUGAGAUGAUCCAUGCUGGGGAGAAACCGCACACGUGUGAUCAAUGCGGGAAGAAUUUUGCACAAGCAAACUGUCCUAAACUAUAUCCGUGUUCUCACUCUGGAAAAAGACCAUUUAACUGUGAUCAAUGUGGUAAAACAUUUUAUAGGGCAGAUCACCUGAAGGACCACCUGAAAGUUCAUACAAAGGAGAAGCCUUACAUGUGUUCUUUGUGUGGAAAGAGUUAUUCAAAGCGAGGUUAUUUUAAAAUACACCAGAAAACACACUGUGGUGUGAAGGAUCAUAUGUGCUUUGAUUGUGGGAAGACCUUUACUAGAUCUGACAUAUUGAAACAGCACCAGAGAAUUCACACUGGAGAAAAACCUUACAAGUGUUCGUACUGUGACAAGAGAUUCAAUCUGUCAGGAAAUCUGAAAACACAUGAGAGGACCCACACUGGAGAGAGGCCUUUCACAUGUGAUCAGUGCGGGAAAAGUUUUAAAGAAAAAGGAACCCUUAAGUCACACAUGAAAAUCCACACUGGAGUGAAGCCGUACACGUGUGAUCAGUGCGGGAAGAGUUUCACACAUUCUAACACUCUUAAGUUACAUCUGCGUUCUCACUCUGGAGAAAGACCAUUUAACUGCGAUCAAUGUGGUAAAUCAUAUUUUUCGUCAUCAUCCCUGAAGAUCCACCUGAAAGUUCACACAAAGGAGAAGCCUUACACUUGUUCUUUGUGUGGAAAGAGUUUUACUCAGAUGGGUACUUUAAAAAUACACCAGAAAAGUCACACCGGUGUAAAGAAUCACAUGUGCUUUGAUUGUGGGAAGACCUUUUUUACAGAUGCCGUAUUGAAACAGCACCAGAAAAUUCACACUGGAGAAAAACCUUACAAGUGUUCACACUGUGACAAGAGAUUCAGGCAGUCAGGAAACCUGAAAAGACAUGAGAAGAUCCACACUGGAGAAAAGCCGCAUACCUGAUCAGUGUGGGAAGAGUUUUACUCUCUCAGGUUCUCUACUGCGUCAUACUAAAAACAAAUGUGGUAUACUGUUGGUGAACAUUGAGACCAUUAAUCCAGCUCCUUCUGGUUGAAGAUCGAGUGAAAGCAACAAUGUUCUAUAUGAAUUAUUUUUGAUUUUGGCAGAUCUGGUCUUACUACACAGCAGUAACUUAUAUGGAGAUAGAAUUGUUCCGUUAUUCCAAAUAAAUAGAUUAUAAUCCACAAAUAAAUAAAGAGAUUCACAAAAAAAUAAUCAUAUGCAAUUAUGCACAAACAUAUAGAAUGAGAUCCAGAAAUAUAUGUUAGGAGUUUCACAAAAAAAUUAAUUUAAGACAAAGAAGGGAAGAUAAUGUUGAAUAAAGUCGUUAUUUUUGUUUUGUUUUUGUGCACAAAAGUAUUCUCGUCACUUCAUAACAUUAAGGUUGAACCACUGCAGUCAUGUGGACUAUUUUAACAAUGUCUUUAAUACCUUUCUGGACCUUGAAAUUGGUCUAUCGAGGAUAAAAAUAACCUCUUGAAUUACAUCAAAAAUACCUUAAUUUGUUUUCCGAAGAUGAACUAACCCUUUAAAACACUAAAACUGUGCUUAUAUAUUUAGUUAAUUUGUGUUCAUUUGUUUAGUUCAAAUGUUUCCAAGAAUGUUUAAAUCCAGAGAAAUGAGCAAUUUUAGUGCCCCGACCCAUCUCCUGUCAAUGACAUUAUACCCACGUUACCCUCAAUUACCGACAGGUGACCAACUGUAUACGAACAGAAAACUAAUCAUAUAGCUCAACACUGUUACUGUACUCGUUUUCUUGAUUUACCAUGUUUUUACUAUGCAUCAGAGACAACACUAUUUUGUCAAGAAUCAGAUGCAAUUAAUUUGCAGUAAUAGUAGGCUAAUACAGCAUUUUAUUCAUCAUACAAUAUAUUUUAAAAUUAAUUGCAUGCCAUUCAGAAACACAAGCCAUCCAGUAUUUAUUAAUAUGAUAUUCUAAUAUCGAUCUUGCUUACUGCAGCAUGCAACAAGUGUCUCAAAGCAGCCGCCGAGUGAACGCUUAGAGUAGCAUUAUAGCAGAACUUUCAACACACUCAAAUGUAUCUAGUAUGAUAAACAGCAUUGCGUUAACCCAGAUAUGCCUGACCGGUUACAAGAUAUUUGGUUUCUAAGAUUUUCAGUUUCAGUGGGUGGAGCUUACAUGAAUAUUCACGAGUUUCCCGGACAUGCGUGUGGAACUGUGAAUUUUAUUUCAGCUCCUCUUUGUAUCUCAGCAGGUUUAAUAAAUUAUUUCAAAAAGGUAAAUAGUUUCAGUGUUGCAUGAACAAAUGGGUAAACUUUAACUGUUUAUUGUUUCGUAAUCCUUUUAUGUUUUUAAUUAGUUUGCACUGUUUUGUGCAGUCAUCCCUGACUUGAUAUGACUGCAGGCAUUAAAUUAGGGUAAAGCAGCAAGUUAAACUAGUUGUAUGCAUUGAUUUUCAUUGUGCUCUUCCUUUGUACUUUAUGAUGCUUUAAAACUGUCUUAUUUGUUGAAUGCAAUGACUGAAAUAAACCUGUAUGAUGUAGACUAA